GGAGGUCUUUGCUCGACGCAAUGUAAUUGCGGCGGAUCAUAAUGGCCGCGCUCAGGAAGGGAACAGUGUAUCUCCGUUUCGUCAGGAGUUCCGGUGGUGCCCUGUUGAGCAGCAGAAAGCCUGCAGUCAGUAAACUGGGAAAAUGGAGAAAUAUUCUAUACACAAGUGUAGCGUCGUUAGCUGUGGGCGGUGGGCUGUGUGCUGUACCUUUCAAACAGGUUGAACCCCUUUCUCAUGACUCCCUAAUCAAAAGAGCAGCCUCUCUGGCGACCGACAGCUCAAGCACUUUUCUCUCUCAGACCACUCUAGCACUAAUUCAUGCCAUCACAGAGUACGCCAAAGCUGUGCACACACUCAUUGCCCUACAAAAACGAUAUCUGGAUUCACUGGGAAAACUGACCCCUGCAGAGGAGGAUUCAGUCUGGCAGGUGAUAAUUGGCCAGCGUGCAAAGGUUAAUGACAGACAGGAAGACUGCAAGCAUUUUGAGUCAACCUGGUUCAGUGCAAUGAAGCUCUGUGAAGCAGCAGCUGAGGCGGCAUACACAUCAGGGGCUGAACAUGCGUCUGUAACAGCAAGGACGAACAUUCAGUUGGCCCAGUCGCAAGUGGAGGAGGCACGAAAACUCUCACUAGAUGCAGAUAAGAAGUUGGCCGAGACUAAAGUAAUGGAGGUUCAAAGGAUGGCACAGUAUGCCGCCUCCUUAGAGAAUAAUGAGGAGGAAGAGGUGCCUGAGGCUUAUCUAAGAGAAGACUGAAACGAACAGCCACAAGUAUCAGAAAACAGUAAUUUCUCAUCAUCCUUACACUGUCUUCUUUUAUGAUCUGUAAUGUAUUUGGUUUGGUCAAACUGAUGUGCUUACAUCAACAACAUCAACAAAAACUUCUGAAAAAGAGAAGGGUAUCUAUAACUCAGAGCUUCUUGGAAGAGUGUUUCUUUAAUGGGUUUUUUUGUUUGUUUGUUUGUUUGUUUUUUUGGGUUACCAACAGUGAACUAACACAAAUCAUUUGUAUUAUGUGAAGAUUUAUUGCAAUAAAGACAAACAUCCUCUGUAAACAAAAACAAAACGCAAACUGUUGUCAUGGUGUUGAUCCACAGAAAAUGCGUUUAUAAUUUCUGCUAAAAUUGGACGGGAGACCGUGUGUCCACUUUACAUUGUUGCCAAACUUAAUUGUUAGUGUUUCAAAUGAGAUGCACGAGUGCCAACUAUGCGAACAAAAUAUCCCCUGUGGUCAUUGUGAAAAUGUUCUGUUUUCUAAAAUGACCAGAAGCCACUUUGUAAACACAGUAAGUUUGCCCAGAUGACUGACUGUCAAACACCUUUGUGCAUUACAAUCAUUCUUGCAUGUUUUGUUUUGUUGUUACAGUUGAAAUGUCUACAGAUUCCCACCCGUAUGUUCCUCUGAAGACGUCUUUAAAAACGGCGUUAGCUUGCUUGUUAUUUGUAUCUCUUGUUUUCACUCAGCAGCUUUACCUUCACUGCUAAUUACCCAUGUCCUGAUUCAGUCCAAUAGAGCUUUUAGGCAGGUUUUCAAAACCCCUCCUUUGCUUUCCUGUCGUCACUUCAUCCACAACAGCAGUCUUUCCACACCACCACUGAACAGGAAAAAAGUGAAGACCCAACCUCUGGAAAAACAUUAAAAAUGUAUGAAUUAUGAUGCUUUAAGGAAAAAUUUUAAAAAUGGAAAAGACAAGUUACUUCAUAAUUGGAUAUAGGGUCUUUGUUCCCAGGGAAGUUAAAAAUGUGAUGAAGCAGAGAGAAACUUGUCUUAGUUUAUUUAUGUUUAUUCCAGCAGAUGGCGAUGUAAGUCCACUCCACUCCACAUCUUUACCCUCUGCUUCAGUCGGAUGCAUUGCAUUUACAUUUUCAUAUCAUGCCACAUGUAUUUUAUAUAUGCAAGAUGCAGCUCAUAUUUUACUCCAACACAUGCAGCCUGUAUUGAUUUGUUUUGAAUUAAUGGUUGUGAUUAAAUAGAAGCCCCAGAUUGUACUGCA